AUGGGCAAGGGCAACAAAGAGCGAGCAAAGGAGCGAAGAGAGAAGAGGCGCCAUGAAAUUUCUCUCCUCCGCACAAUCCCGUAUUCCGACCACCAAAGAUGGUGGUCUUCCGAUACCAUAGCCGUGGUGACUGGGGCAAACAGAGGAAUUGGAUUUGAGAUUGCACGCCAAAUCGCAUCGCAUGGGUUGACAGUUAUUCUCACAUCAAGGGAGACAAAAGUUGGUGAAGAAGCUGCAAAAGUCUUGCAAGAAGGAGGUCUUAAUGUGAUGUUCCAUCAGUUAGAUGUGGUGGAUUCUUCCUCAAUCGAAUUAUUUGCUGAUUGGGUAAAACAAACUUUUGGCGGUAUAGACAUACUGGUAAACAAUGCAGGAGUUAACUUCAAUGCUGACUCGGCUAAUUCUGUAGAAUUUGCUGAAAAGGUUAUUGAUACCAACUACUUCGGCACCAAAAAUAUGAUCAAAGCUCUGAUUCCUUUGAUGAGACCUUCUGCUUCUGGUGCUCGUAUUGUUAAUGUGAGCUCGCGACUGGGAAGGCUAAACGGCAGGCGGAAUAGAAUUGGGAAUCUUUCUUUGAGACAACAACUCGAAGAUGACAGCUCAUUAUCGGAAGAAUUGAUCGAUCAGACCGUUACUACAUUUUUAGAACAAGUGAAAGAUGGAAGUUGGACAUCUGGUGGAUGGCCUCAAGUAUUCACCGAUUAUUCAUUGUCAAAACUAGCAGUCAACAGUUACACCAGGCUGAUGAGUCGGGUACUUUCAGAUCGGCCAGAGGGUCAGAAGGUUUAUAUCAACUGCUACUGUCCGGGCUGGGUGAAGACAGCCAUGACAGGUUGGGCUGGGCAUACUAGCCCUGAAGAAGGAGCUGAUACUGCAGUCUGGCUUGCUUUGCUUCCUGAUCAAUUUGUGGACUUGGCAAUACUGAACAGAAUUAAGAAAACAUCGUCUAUUGCACUGUCUAGUCCUGUAGACGAGCUACUUAACCUAAUGUAA